AUGCUCGUGUUUCGAACGUUGCUGGUGAGCCAUCAACAGGUGCUGACACUGAGCUGCUCGGAGCAGCUGAUGCAGGCGAACGCAGCCACCCAGCUCUUUGAGGGCCUGCCAACCAAAGUGAUCCUUGUGCCGAACGAGCAGAACAACUACAACAGGGUGACCGGUGGAGCACGGGCGCCAGUGGGAGCAGAAAGACUAACGUCAGAGCAUUGGCAUCCGGAAUGGCAGGGAUGUGCUGUGGACGGGGCAAGUUUGAGCUUCGCUUGCAGCCUUGUGAGGAAAAUCUGCCAGGUCAAUGGCCUCAACGAGAAGAUCAAGGUGCCCGAGUUGAAGAACUGCCUCCUGGAGCUUUUCUCCAGCUACGGCGAGGUCAUUGAAAUCGUUGCAGCUGCCAGUCUCAAAAAGAAGGGUCAGGCCUUUGUUGUCUUCAGAGACAUUUCUUGCGCCACGAAUGCGCUUCGAUCUUUGAACGGCUUCGUGUUUUUGGACAAGCCCAUGAAGAUCAACUACUGCAGGACGAAGUCGGACGUCGUAGCACACGAGGACGGCACUUGGAAACCUCGUGCGAAGCUUGAAGCCCAAAAGGAGGAAGCAAAGAGGGCGAAGACGGCGCCAGCACUCGUAGCCCCGAAGAGCGUAGCGCCAAAAAUGGCAGCCCACCCUGCAGCGGAGGGAGGAGGAGCAGAUGGUCAGCCUUCCAACGUGCUCUUCGUGGAGAAUCUACCAGCAGAGGUGAACGAGCUCAUGCUCACCAUGCUAUUUAGGCAGUAUCCCGGCUUUCAAGAGGCGCGACUCAUCAAGGGUCGCAAUGUGGCCUUCAUCGAGUACUCCGACGAGUUGCAGGCCGGAAUUGCAAAGCAUGGUCUGCAGGGCUUCAUGGCCACGAGCUUAAAGCCUUCUCGAAUCAACCACACAAAGUGCAUCCCAUCAGGGCACCAUGAUCACACGACGGCACACAUUACGAAUACAGUUGUGGUCUAUCACCGCCGGUUUGUUGUGGGGUCCUGCACGAAGAAAUGA